AUGAGGCAGCUCAUGAGGACUCAAACUACCAUUUCCCGAGGGGAGCUCGGAGGACUGUGCUUCUUUGGAGACCCAUGCACCAUCGCCAACUCACUAGCCAUAAGAAAAGCAUGGGAGAGGCCAGUCUACAUGGGAGACAGAGAGCUAGGAAAAGCUCGGGUGGCUGUCACCAGUGACUAUGAGGCAUGGAGGAAUAGAAGAGGGGUGGCCCAAUCAUCCUCCACACCUACCACGAGCGCCAGAAAUGAAGGGUUGCAGGCUCAAAUUGACGCCUUGACCCAGAGGAUAGAGAUCAUGGGAGCCCAGAUGAGGGCCCUUGAAGAAAAAGAACAAGAAUUUAUCCUCACGAUUGAUGGUCUGCGAAGGCAAGGCAAGAAAAAGGAUCAUGAAAUAGAGCGCCUCAAGGACCAAUGUGCUGACGCUAACGAACAAGCUAUUCGAACAUCCAAAACUACCAGAACCAGUUCGGAUAGCCAACUGCAGGAGAUAAACGUCAAAACAGCACACCUUGAGGCCGAAUCAGCUAAGGAGGCUCAAACGAUCAAGGAGUUGUCGGAAGGGCUCCUCAAGGCUCGGUUAGACAUCUGCCAAGAGCGAGAGGCCAACAGGAGACUCACCAAAAGUCUCUCUGAGCUACGCCACAAAGAAAAAGAAGGGCUAGCUCAUGAAGAUAUGAGCCAGGCAGUCCGCAAACAAAGCGAAGCACUUGCCCGUCAUGUCCGGGAAGCUGAGAGAGAACUACAGAGGAAUCAAGACCCUCCUGUGGGUUUCUUUAAAGUUUUCCGCUUUUGCCAAAAGUUGCUUCGCAGUAUAGAAUAG